UUCUGCCUACGAGUCGGUUGCGACCAGAGCCAUGAGCAGGUCGACCCUGAGGCCCUGGACAGGAGCUUCUUUAUGCGGGUCAUGGCGGCGAGAAGCCCCAACGUGAGGCUACAGAAGGCUAUCGACAGGAAGAACCAGAGCUCGAUGCUGAAAUGCCCGCACUCUGCGCCACCGAAGCGUCCGAGAGCUCGGUUCGCGAGGCUGAGCGCAGAGACUGAGGCCGCGGAGAAGGCACCGGUGGAGCCCAAGCCAAGGGUCGAGCGGAUCUGCGCCAUGCGAGCAUCCCCAAUUCGCACCAAGACAGCGAGGGUCGAAUGUCCCAGCGAGAGGAAGAAGGCACUGACCACGCCGCGGAGCAAGGCCGUUCGGUCGAGGCAGGAGCUGUUCCACAACGUGAAGCACCAGAAGGAGUCGUUGGCCGCUGCAGCCAGGAAAGGGACAGUUGUCAAGUCUCUGUUCAUGAGCACGACGCGAAAAAAGGAACCGGUCCAGACGCUAGCGGCAGAUAAGAGCAAGGGGGCGGUGUCCGAGGUCUGUUCGAAGCUGAGGAAGCUGAACUUGGCGUGUCGGGAGGUGCCGAGCAGGUACAUAUCUCAGCCUCAACCGAAGAAUACGAAGACUGCCAAGAAGAGUGAAGAGACCACGGUGGCCAAGAGCGAGAAGCGGGGGCUAGAAUCCAAAACCAAUGCCAAGAAGAAAAUUUUAGGACGCUCAGUGAAGCGUGCUAAUGCCGGACCUAACGGAGAGAACCGAAAUGGUUGCAGCACUGCUGCAGACGAGAGCUCGCUUGCAGAAACUGCUGGCUCCCAUCAGGAAAGGAAGGUUGUGCUGCGGGAAUUGAGAAUCGAGGUGGAUGCAUCGCGACGUGGCAAUUCAGAUGACAACAAGGAGAAUGUGUCCAGUGCUCUGAGUGAAGAAGCAUUGGACAAUUCAUCACAUUAUGGAAGUGAAAACAGACUGUUGGAGAACAAUGAGAAUGUUCCUCUGAAGGAGAAUGUUGCUCUGAAGGUAACUGAUGUUUCCAAGAAAGUGCAUCAAGAGCAGGCAGGAAAGCUCAAGAAAACCACCAAUCCUAGGGUCUUAUGGGAUGGAGGAAAGAAGAGAGAGAACAUUAGCUCUGUCGAUGUGCUCUCAAACUGA